AUGGGCCAGAAGAAAGGAAAGAAAGACAAGUUUGAGCCAAAGGACUUGGUAUUAGCCAAAAUGCAUGGAUUCCCGGCGUGGCCAUCGUUUGUAAUGCCUUUGAACCUUGUGCCUGACCAGAUAUUACGAGCUAAGAAGAAGACAACCGAGUUCUGUGUAAUAUUUAUCCCUGAUGGAGACUUUUACUGGAUGAACGAGAAGAGCUUGGAGGCUCUAUCAGGCGGCUUACUAGAUAAGAAAUUGGAGAAAAUCCCGGCUUCAAAACAGGCAAAGAAGAAAACGACAGGAAGAACGUUGCAUGUAAACGAUGCUCUUUUGGCGGCGAGAGGUUUAGACUUUGAUGAUUUUAUGAAACGCUUGGAUAUGAACAGAGAAGACGGUGACGAAGACGAAGACGAAGAAAUCUUGGAUGCUAAAGUGAAGGAUGAGGAUGAGAAUGAUGAUGAAGCAGAUGGUCUCGAAGCCGACAUUGAUGAGCCUGAGGAAGAAGAAGAGGAGGAAGAGGAAGAGGAAGAGGAAGAUGAGGAUGAAGAGGAUGACAGCAUAUCUGGACGUCGGGCUCGAAGUCUAAAGCGUAGAGCCACCUCUACCCCUCAACCUUUACCAAAAAGAAGAACCAAAUCGGAACAGCCAAAAACCCCUCCAUCCAAUGGAGACUCCAGCAACCACAAGAGAACAUUGACAUCGGCAUCAUCCGAAUCUUCUCCAAAAGUUGCCACAAAUGAAGAAAAACAACAUCAACUUUGGCUCUGCAGAAUUAAACUUCAACGUACCCUUAUACAAAGAAAUCAACCAGCGACCCCAUCAGACCCAAAGAAAUUCCCGCCACCAACAGUAGACGAACUUCUGGUUGCAAGGCUAAUUCUUAACAAAUUGGCAGAUUUUCCUAUGACUGUUGAUUUCUUAAAAUCCACGAAGAUCCACAAAGUACUAAAGUGCAUAAUCCGAGAUAGAGAUUUAGAAUACUCAGAUAGCUUUAGACUACAUGAGAAGUGUGAAGAGUUACUAUCUAAAUGGUCAAUCAUUAUUGAAAAACUUAGGAAUGAAAAGUACAAUAAUGAUAAGAAAUUGGGCAAAAUGGAAAAGUCCAUCUCUAAUAAUGAUGAUUCUGAAGUAUCUGGGAUUGAUACAUCUUUACCACUCAAGAAUUUGAAUAGUAAAGAAGUAAUAGAUGGGAUCUCUGCAAAGACUUGA